AUGGGUAAUGCAAUCUGUUCAUGUUUCCAGCAAAACUCCAUGAGGGAUUCGGUGAAGCUUGUCUUUUGGGAAGGAGACACAAUGAUUCUCAACGGCAAACACGUCGCCGGAGAAAUCUUGUAUGACUCCCCGGGAAAAAUGGUUUGCCGUGCAGAUUCCUUCUUCAUUGGUCACCCGCUUCCGGCUCUCGCCGUCGACGACGAGCUCAUGCCUGGUCAAACGUAUUUCGUUCUCCCCAUUGAUCGUUUUACAUGCAACGUUCUUUCAGCUUCAACACUCGCAGCCUUCAAUUCUUCUUCUUCUUCGUCUUCAACAGCCAGCCGCAAACGGGUCACCCCCAUGAUCGAAUUCGACCACCACUGCUGUCCCUUCGAAUACACAAAGGGUGAAAACGGUAGGGUUUUUAUCAAGGUGGUGCCCGAAUUCAUAAUCAGGCUAAUACAGAGAAGUAAAGAGUUUGAUCAUCAUGAAGAUGGAUCCUCCUUCCCGUUGCUUUGCAGCACGCCGGAGUUGAAGAAGCACUACGAUCUGCUAGUCGGCUUAAGGGGUCAAGUUUGGUCGCCAAAGCUUGAGCCAAUCUCUGAGUACAAAAUUAGGUAUUCGCCUUGCAGGUUCAUAGGGUUGAAGUGGAAACAGCAAGAGAAUGCUUGUUAA